UUCCGCCUGAUCGGCAGUUGGGCAGAUCCUAACAGGUCUGUCUGUCAUCCGCCUUUCGGCAGUCUGUGCAGCAGCCAGUCUAUCGUCUGUCUAUCAGCAGCUGAUAGAUCCUAACCGGUCUAUCAGUCCGCAUUCUCUCGGUGCUAUCAGCCCCAAAAGACUUCUUCACUGUCAAGCGCCUCUUCAGCAGCAGCCAGUGUGACGAUCCUGACCGGUCGACCUGAGCAGCAAGAAGAGCGGCAGCAAUGGCGCAGCCCAUCUUUGCAUUCGACCCCAAGACCGUCAUCCGUACCUUUAAUGGAGACAAGGACGACUGGCGUGAGUGGGAAUUUACCCUCAGAGCCUUCCUCCUGGCCAAGGAGAUGCCCACAGAGCGUUGAUGCCUGAGAAGGAAGAAGACAUUCCUCAGUUACCUGACCCGAAUGAUGAUGGAGACCGUGGCGAGCAGCGAACGAAGGAGAGGAGUGUGUUACGACAGCUCUUCGGCUUCCUCGUCCUGCACACAGAAGGCAAGGUAAAACGGACCAUCCAGUAGUCAUUCGACAAGUAUGGCGAGAAUGGUGCACGAGCCUAUUGGGAGUUGCGCAAGCGGUGCGUACCUGAGCGAGUCGUCUGUCGACAUGAGGUCCUCCGCAACUUCUUCCAGUACCAGAUGGAGAAGGACGAUACCGACGACGCUCUCACCGACUUCAACUUCCUGGCGAAGCAGUUGAGCGACAUGGGAGAGAAACCAACACCGACAACACCAAGAUAGCCGUCAUGGUGAAUGCCCUACCUCCUCGAUUUGAGCGUUUCAAAAGCUCGCUGGACUACCGCUUCAACGACCUCACAUGGGAGCAAUUCGAGGAAGCCCUCCGCAAUGCCAACGACCGCAUGCAGCAUGCGAGAAGGAUGAGCCAGCAGCGUGACCGCUUUCGACAGAAGGGCAACCAGAACGGACGCCAACAU